AUGUGUCAAGUUGUUGAAGAAAAUGGCAACAAGCCCCAGAAGGAGGAGACCCAGAACCAGACCCAGAACUGUUGCGUGCCAUCUUCGGCUACGGGAUCGACGCAGGGUUCUAAUCCUGCCAAUCUGCCUCGAUAUCACGUCGAGACGUUCCCCAUCCCCGCUCCUCUGUCGGAAUAUGAUCUUGAUCACCGGCUCACUAUGACCAUUGAGUCGCAGCAGCGACUGUGGCCUCAGGACAUCUGGGUUCACAGUCCGCAUGGACGACAGCUGUACCAGCCUGUGCUGAUGUUUGAGACGAUGGUCCCGGAGGCGGAGGAGAAGACGGAGACGAACGGAAGUGCUUCUAAGAGCGGUUAA